GCCGCCUCCUGAACUCCUCUGUCCUCUCCCUCCUCCGUGGACUCACCCCAACCGACCGGCGAGCCGUGGUGCCCGCCCUCGUCGCAGGAACCGCCCCACCCGAGAAAGUUACGCUCUGUGACACUCGCCGGAGCACCACCGACCCGGCAGCGAUGGCCGAGGAGGUGAAGCACCUGGAGACGCGCGCGGCCGAGCGCCCCGUGUGGCUCAUGAAAUGCCCCACCGUCGUCUCCCGCGCCUGGCAGGAGGCCGCCGCCGCCGCCGCCUCCAACCCAGAGGCCGGAGGCCCUAACCCUAACCCGGUGGUCGCCAAGGUCGUCCUCUCCCUCGACCCCCUCCGCGACGAGCAGCCUACCAAGUUCAAGAUGGAGAUGUCUCAAACCAACAAUGGCAAUACACCAAAGAGUUACUCUCUGAAUAUGUACAAUGACUUUGUGCCAAUGUGCAUCUUUUCUGAGUCUAACCAAGGGAAAUAUGCAUGUGAAGGGAAAGUUGAGAACAAGUUUGACAUGAAACCACACAGUGAAAAUCUUGCGGAUUAUGGAAAGUUAUGCCGUGAGAGAACUACCAAGUGUAUGGCUAAACCAAGAAGAGUGGAGGUACUUGCGGAUGACCAUGGAAGUCGCAUGAGACCCAUGCCUGGCAUGGUUGGUUUGAUGCCUUCUUCUGCUACAAAUGCAAAGGAGAAGAAGAAGCCAGUACCACCACGAUCUUUUGAAACAAAAAGAACACGAAGGGGUCGUACCGAAAUGGAGAAUAUCCUAUUCAAGCUUUUCGAGAGGCAGCCAAAUUGGUCGCUAAAGCAGCUUAUGCAAGAGACGGACCAACCUGAGCAAUUCCUGAAGGAGAUACUGAACGACCUCUGUGUCUACAAUAAAAGAGGACCGAAUCAAGGGACGCACGAGCUCAAGCCUGAAUACAAGAAGUCGACAGAGGACAACAAUGCUACUUGAAGAAGUUCUUCCUCUGAUUCGCCAAACACGAGUUCCCGAGUCUCGACCGAUGGGGACUCCAGUUGCAACGUACAAGCAGUAGCUGGUGCUUGGUUGGGCUGCCCCUUGCAAGUUGCAACGUACUUUCUGGUCUCCCUAGAAAUAAGGAUCCAAAUUUUGUAAAUAGACCUAGCCUUUCUUUUUCGAGAGAAUAGACCUAGCCUCUCUGUGGCGAAUUGGCGGAGCCAGAUAAUCUGGGGAUCAAUGGAACAAUGUUGACUGGUCAA